GGCGGUGGCCUCCCGGAGCGGGGUGGGCGGCGCGCCGGGGGAGGGAAGGGCCGGGCCGGACCGGGUGAGGACUGAGGGAAACCGCCCGAGCGAACGGGCUCGGGAUGGGAGAACUCCGAGUCGGCGCGAAAUAGCCUUGGUCACCCGGGCGGAAGGGUGGAGGGCCCGGGGCCAGACCGGCCACCCAGAGGCUCCCGGAGGGUCCCUGACCUCCGUCAGGCGGGCCGGCCCAGGGUCCCUCAAAGACAGGCGACGGGGGAAAACCCGAUGUCUUUUGUGGCAGCUUCUGGCCUGUUCCAGUCCUCAACAACUUUUUCUUUGCCAUUCAUCUUGAAAGAAAAUAAAAUUGGCAUAAAGGCAGCGAGAUCGAAGAUAAACCAAAACAGAAAUGCUGGAUAGAGAUGAAAGGAAGUACAAUCCAAAACAUCAUCUCCUUUCAAUCCUGCAUGAACUCAAAGCACCCUUUUCAUAAACCACCUCAUGGGUCACUGUAGCAGUCCUUUGAGACAGUGAGGGUUCACUUGGAAUCAUACUUUUAGGCGACUUGGGCUCCAGCUAACCCCUAGCUGUGAUUCAAGCCAAUCUCCUACCCACCCAACUCUCCCCAGGACAGCAUCUCUUUCAGGUAAUGCUGUUGUGAGCCACAACUUUAAAUAUCAACUGACUGUUCCCAUCAACAAAAGUAUCCCAUUAAUUUUUGAAUUUUUCAAAAUGAGCAAUAGUAAACUAAUACCCAAGCUCUCCAUUCAAUCUCCUGUCCAUCAUAGCAACUUAAAUGAUCAGUCCUCAGAUCUACUUUUUAAGAAAGACUUAAAUCUGAUUUCAAAAGACUCCUUAGAGUCAGAUUCAGAAAGCCUCACUCAUGAGAAUAAGUCCCAAUCUGAACUUGAGGACCAAAUCCAGGACAAAGAUAUGGAGCCGGACAGUUUAGAGGAGAGCCCUGCACAGGAAAGCCUGAGUGAGACAGAAGAGGAAGCCGGGAAAACAGCAGUUCAUAUGGCCCAGGAGGAAGACUGCUCUACUCAGGACAGUGUCGGGAAUAAUAGCCAACAGCUUAUAAAAGACAAAUAUUCAGACCUCCGAUAUGAUCCGAACUGGAAAAAUAAGAAAGAGGAAGUGCAGUUGUUGGUUGUGGAAACCUUGCCAGAGUCUGCAGACAGCUCUUCAGAAAAUCUGCCCUUGGUGCCGCUCUACCCUUCCAAGGAGACUUCAAUGGAGCUCUCAGAGGGAAAAGACAAACAGAAAAAGAGUCCUCAGAGUGCAACCUCCUUACUCGGAAGUGAAUUUUUAAGCCCAGACUAUGAGCCUGGCUCCCAAGACAUCGACCUAUUUUCAGAGCCAAGUGACAGUGACCAGGAGGAGAAAUCAAGCAACCUCUCUAAGUACCUGAAGAGUUCAAGUUCACAUAAUGAAGUAUUCCUCCCAGGAUCACGUGGCCCUCGAAGAAGGAAGUCUAAGCAAUAUUUUGUGGAAAAAAAUAAACUUACAUUGGGAUUACCCACUCCUAAAACAGACUCUUAUCUUCAACUUCACAAUAAAAAAAGGGGAGAAACUCAUCUAGAACAGAUCUCCUACCCCAUCAGAGUAACUGGCAAGACUUCUGUUCAGAGUGCCAAAGAGAUUGAAAAUGCUCCCAUCGGUCCCGAGGACAAAUGGCUUCAAAGAGCACAACAGCUAAAGAAUUACCAGGAACACUGCUCUCAAUAUGAAGGUAAAAAGUCAAGCAAUGUCCCAAGAGGUCAAUCCUCUGAGUCAAUAAAUGGCCAGCAACCUUCCAGAAGACCAGCGAAGCCCAAAGUUCGGAGACUGCACAAACACCAGAAUGGCAUGAAGUCCUUCGUGACUAAAGAGCUCACUGACAUUCAAGGGAACCAGAAUAAAACUCCCGGACAGCAACAAAACCAAAAUCAGCAUGGGUCAAUUGUGCUUUUGAAUGCUUCUAAUAAUGAUUUACAAGACAUGAGUGCCCUUAGGAACCAGAAUCCCAAAAAAAUCCCAAUCUCCAAUGUAUUUGCUCUACGGAAACAGACUUUUGGCAAGGUAUUAUACAAAAACUCUACUGGGCAUCACUCAGUGCUGAAUGUUAAUAAAGAAAGACGAUGCAGAGAUGAAGAAAAGAAAAGAUUUUCAUAUCAGCAAUUACCCAUCUACACUCUUUCUAACAUGGAUUUGAACAAUUUUAAUGAACUUUCUAAGAGACAUGUGCUCUUGAGCCAGAAAGGCUCUCAAUCUGCUUAUGACAUGGAUGUUCAUGAAGCCACUGAAAAUAAGAAGCAACCCAAACAACCUUAUGAAGAGACAAAAUAUAAGAACAUAGAAAUGCUAUGGAAAUUCCACUCUUCCUCAUACAACCAACCUACUAGAGCUUCUCCAGAUUCACGGCUCACCCAAAUCAUGGAACAACAUCAGCAAGCUUUGGUGCAGCUGGCCGAGGUGCAGCCCAGGGAGGGGUCCUUUUCCAGCAUCACACUUCUGCCCAUCUUGUCCAGUGUGGAAAGUGAAUCCCAACUCAGUUCAGAGAGAAAUCAAAUGAAAAUUAUUCGUAGCAAUUCCGAAGGCUAUCUGUUUCAACCAGAAAAGGGGAAAAAGAACAGGAAAAGAAGCAGCGUUAAGAGUUCUAAGCUGAAAGGCUAUCAAAAAAGAGACGUGAGGCUUGGAGGCCUGGGACCUGACUUUGAGUCCAUCAGAGACAAAAUGCAAAAAUUAAAACAGCAAAAGGAAUAUGCAAAACAAGUUAAGGAGUACAACAUGAAGACACUCUCUAUUCUAUCCAAACCACAAACAGCAAAAACUGAAAAUAAAUUGGUCAUUCCUCGGCAGAAGGCUUUGGAAUAUGCAAAAACCAUCCCCAAACCAAAACAAUCAAAUCUGACUGACCAAACAACAAAGGAGAAAAAAAAUCCAACCUAUGAUGGGAAAGAAGAAAGUUUACCUGAAAUCUCCCUACUAGAGAUACUACAGAGCAGACACGAGAGGGAAAAACAGGCUGUGGCUGCUUUCAAAGUUCUUCAUAUUGUCUAGAUAGCACUUGGUAGGAGAUCAAAAACACUCCAAGAACAGACACACAGAAAAAACUCCAACCAACUCAUCUGCAUUGUGAAUGAUAACCCAGUACCAUCAUUCAAACACUGCACAGGAUUUAAUAGGGGCUGUCAUGUUAUGGUCCCAUUCUUCACCUUCUAGCAAGAAAAUAUUUUUAAUUAUUUAUUUUCAAAUCAGUUAGAAUUUUGGGCUGAUAAAUAACUAGAGAAUAAAACCUUUAGUUUCUUAUCGGAUCUUUUGAUUUCUUAAACUAUCUGUGCCCUUCUUUAGCAAAUGAAAACCUUGAAAUUACCCAGAAUUAAAUAUAAACACUUCAGAUUCUCUUAAAAUGAACUCAUCAGUACUCAUCAGUAAAUUCUGAGAUAACAUUUCAAAAAUAUUACUCAAAUAUGCAAGUUUACCCAAGGAUUUGUAUGUAAAAUUUAAAAAGAAUGAAGGUAGAUGUAGAUGUAUCUAUUAGAAUAGAACAAAUUCCAGUAUCGUUCACAGUGUCAAAAUAUUAGUUAUAAAUCCCCAACAAGUUCAGAAAUGCCCAACUUAGGCAACUCUGAGAAAUACACUUUAUCAAAACCAAGUAUAUAAAUUUGCUAGGCAUCUUGCCACCACAAAUAUCUUAAAAUAUUGUCAAAUGUAAGCUUCCACAUAAAAAGUAAUAUUAGAUAAAAGAGAAAUAUUCUACACUUUACUACUGAAUUUGAUAUUAAUAAAUAUUUCAAUUUAUUUAUAUAUUUUGAUGUAUUAUAAAAAUUGCCAGUCUUUUUUUUUAAGAGUAGGAAAUAUUUAUUGGGAGAAAGAAAGCUUCUGCCUAAGAGAGACAGAAGGGGGACCGGAAAGUGGGUUGCCUGCCCACCCCACUUUUCAAAGAUAUUUUAUACAGCAAACCCAUGUGGUGAGGCGGGUAAAAAUUUUCCAGUCUUAAAACUACUAAAUAUAUUUAAUUUUUUACUUCCUUCACUGUAUUUGGUGGGCAUUGCAUUCUCAGGUGAACAUAUCCAAAAAUGUAUAAUUUUAACACCAGUUUAGGGCAGAUCUGUUUACUCAUGGGGCGUAAAGACUAGCUUUGGAAAUUCAAAAUUCUGUGUUAUAUAUAUUUUACAUAUAUAAUGAUAUGAUAUAAAGGCUGUCUAUAGUAACUUUUUUUUUGAAACUGGAAGCAGUUUAGAGUUGAGAGUCUGGAAAAAUAAAUAUCUGAAGAGUACAAGAAAACUGGUAAAUCAUGGUUCAGUGGUUUUUGGAAAAUAAUAUAUGAGGAGUUAGUGCCACAAAAUCACAGCCCAAACUACUUUAAAAUGUAUUUUUGUCAAACUACUUUAAAAUGUAUUUUGUAUCCUUCAGGAUACAUGGUGAAGACAUUUCUAGAAACAUUAAUUUUUUUCCUAAAUGGCUUUAAAUUUAAACUAACUGUGGGAUGUCAAAAGAAUGCAUAUAGAGACAGUCCCAUACUUUCAUACUUAAAGGAACAGAGUGAAAUUUUUAAAUUGUCUAUUUCAACUAGAGUAAAAGAAUUUAGCGCUUGAAAAGAAUUUAUCUUGUUCACCUGCCAACUUUUCAAUAGAGGAAAUAGGGGCCAAGGAAAGGUAAGUGACACUCAAGUCCUUCUGCUCUGUUCAGGAGAAUGGGAGAGCAGCCAGGUCUCAGUCCCCGGUCUCUGCACACCAAGAACAGUGCUAUUGGGUUCCUUGUCAGUAGAAAGAGGAUGUUCUUGUUUCUCGGUGUGGGCAAGGAGCACAUAAUUGCUAUGAAUUUCAAGCUGGGCCUGAAUUUCCUUAAGUUCAGUUUUUAGAAAUAUACCUUACUAUGUACCUGAUGAUUUUUAAAACAUGUACAAUCUGGCAGAUUUUCUAACCAACACUGGUAAAGUUCUAAUACACAUAGAAAGCAACUCAAACUUUGAUGCUGACUGAUAAAAGACAUUCUCCCCUACCCCAUCGAAACACUUCUAAACUUGCCAUCACCAUUUUUCUGAUAGCUUGCCUUUGGUCCUGUGGUUAAAUCCUUCCAACACUUUUACAUAUCCUGUCAAAACCAAGCAGGUUAAGUGGCUUAGUUGAUGUCAAACCACACUUUUGCAAGCUCCUUGUCCCCAAAGCCAGUUUUCACCAUCCAACACAGAAGACUAUGUACAUCAGAAUUCUUUAUACAAUGCCAACUGGCAUCUAAAAUGACUUUGGCUAAAGAAAUAAAAUCUGCUUGCUGAAAGUUUGAAGUUGAAGUCUAAGAAUGGAUUAGAAUGGCCCGUGAGCCCCAAGUCCACUCACAAUAGUAAUUUCAGUGGAAUGUCACAAAGCUACCACCACCCUAGGACAGGAGAGAGACUGCAAACAAUAAAUGACAAAUACUUUUUUGUUCUUUCUUUAAACUAUGCUAACAACAACAAUAUUGAUCUUUUUUAAACCUAGGUGGAUCAGUGACCAAUUUUAUAACAUUUCUGUUUCAGAUACUCAAGAAAAUAGAAACAACCUGGCUGAUAGAAAACAAGGAACUUUAAACUUCAGUGAUGUAAUAAGAGAAGCCCUGUAUUUGACCAGAUGUUAUAUAUGGCAUUGAAAGACAUGGUAUAAUUCUGCCUAAUCUCUGUGAGCUGGUACAAAUAAAGGCCUUUUGAGCCAUCUAUUCGCUCUUA